ACUUUUUGGGUUAUUGAUUCCAGGCUUAUGGUGCUGAAAAUCAGUUCAAAAUUUGAAUUGAGACGAUUUUGCCGUACAACGGGUGCUGUUGCUAUGUUGAAGCUUUGCCAGCCUAACCCAGAUGAUCUGGGAUAUGUUGACUCUGUCUCGGUUGAGGAAAUUGCUGGUGUUAGGGUCACUGUUGUGAAGAAUGAAGAAGGUGGUAAUUCUGUAUCUACUGUACUUCUACGAGGGAGUACUGACAGUAUAUUAGAUGACCUGGAAAGAGCAGUUGAUGACGGAGUGAACACUUACAAGGCAAUGUGUAAGGAUAGCCGCAUUGUUCCUGGAGCGGCAGCUACUGAAAUUGAGUUAGCUAAGAGAGUAAAGGAAUUCUCUUUUACAGAAACAGGGUAA